AUGACUACCCAGAGCGAGCCCCCGUCCCCACGUUUCGUGAUUGAAUCACCCAAGCCUGCCCUUGAUGCUGCCCGCUUAGCACCACCCUCGGCGCACCAACGGCUUCAGACGCAUUGGCAGCACAGCUCCUUUGAUGUUGAAGGCACGUUAUGGCCGGUCCCGAGCAGCGGUUCCCUUGCCUUACGCUUUAGCUUUAGGCUUUGGGGUCCGGAAGAUUCGCAUGUCUUCGAGUUUCUUGGGGCUCAGCCUGCCCGGGCGGUUCGUAAUGAGCUCCUGCGGGUCGCCGGAUUGGCUGGCCGCCCUCGUGUCUUCGCCGCCUCGUUGGGUUUAACGACCACUCAGGUGCACCUGGUUAUGGCUUCGUCGACGCAGGUCUCUGCGACGGUGCUUUUCGAUGCGGGCUUUGAGGUCUGGUGCGCUGAUGUGCCGCGGCACAUAUCGGCAACCCACUUGUUGUCCAUCGCCUGUGAUUUGGCUUCCACUGAUGCCUUGCAGCUUAAUACGGAGAUUUCGCUUCCUCUUCGACACGGUGAUGUCCUCCCCGUUCGCCUGGAGGCUAAUCAGUUGCAGGUUGACCUGUCACGGCAUGUUCUGGCCCGACCUGCUGAGUCAGCCGCGGUUUGGUUGGACCCUGUGCAGUCGUUUUAUCUUCUUACCUUCUCUCGGGGAGUCCAGGGUUUUCAGCUGGCCGUUAGUUCUGAUGUCCAGACGUCAUUGCUGCGAGGCUUGCUCCCUCUUGAAGAAGGUAAGGGCGGCACUUUCCUCGAACUUCCCUCCAGGGCGAGCCUUCCCCUCAGACUCUUUGUGCAUUGCCGUCAAGGCAACGACCAUGUAGUCUUUCGGGUCUCGGAAGCCUCUGACCCUGCCGAUACGGGGUUUUUCUUUCUCUUUUCGGGGAUUUUCGACACCUAUUCCGAUUUUGCCAGGCGCCUUGGUCAGCUACAGACGGUGGAGGCCCGCUGGCUUCGGGCACUUCGAUCUUAUGGGUUGCAGGUUACCACCUGGGAGUCCAUGGAACUGACUCGUUCUGUUGGAUCCUCCUUCUGGUAUGUCCACCUCCAGGCAGACAUUAUUCGCGCUCAACUCCAUUUCGCACAGGCUCGCGCGGCCCCUGCCUCAUUUCAUCAGGUUCCGCCGCACACGGCCACCCAGCGUCCUAAGCCACAUACUGAAAAGGCUACCCAAACUAUAGCUGGGCCUGGCGGCUUCCCGCAUGAAAUUGCGGUUUGGCAAACCCCACCUCAACCCACCCACUGUGAACCCGGCGUGUUCCCUGAGGUUUCUUCGACUCUGGCCGAUGUAUGGUGUGAUGCCUGGCACAUCAAGUGUCUCAUUCCUUGCAUACCGGAAUAUCAGGCUUGGGUUCUUCGGGAUGGCAAUCGUUUGAUCGGCCUGUGCACGGCUGACAUUACGUGGGACCUUGUGUCCCAGGCGCUUCACAUCUCGACUUGGGAGCUGCCACAAACCUUCGUUCAUGGAGAUGGCCUUCUGCUACCGUAUCCAGAGCCCUUGCAUCAGGCUAAAGACAAGUGUCUCAGUGUCUCGCACGAUACUCCUGAGGCCGUGCAUUGUUUGCGCCAGAUUUCGCAGAACCGUCGACAGAGUGUGCAGCCGGCUCGCAGUCCCGCGGUUAGAUGGUCGCCAACCCCUUUGGGCCUGGUUGCUGGCCUCUGUGCACGGCGCUUGUGGUUUUGCUUUAGCCUCGGAGGGUUUCUUGUGCUCCCGGGCACCUUUGGUGUCAUGCUUGAUGAUGUCAUCGCUGACGCAGCUGCUGACCCAGCGCCUGAACCCCUGCCUUUUCGUGACUACAUGGACCUUACACGGACCUGUACCAUGUCAUGGACUCAUGAGCUCAGCAGGCAAACCCUUGGGUUUUCAGUCCGAGCACAGAUUCUGGGCGAGCACCUCCAGCGCAUUGCACCGGCACCGGAAAUCCUGCUGAAUCUGUGGCGGCCGGGUCGUGGCCCCACUAUGCUCCAGGUUCGCCCUCGUCGUCUGGCUCUGCAUUUAGCUAGUUUUCUCCGGGCCCUGGGGUAUGUUGAGGGCAUUGAUAGCCUCCACAUAGCCUACGACACUAGUCCUCAUAUACUGGACCUUGUCCUUGUACCUCCGACUGGCGGUACGUGGUGGAUCUUGCAGGACAGCACCGGCAGAGAGCUUCUACGACCGAUCGUCCGGCAUCAUACCUCUGCGGUUCAUUUUCGCCUCCUCACUGUCAGUCCGGACCAGAUAGCGCAGACUGUCUGCCCUGCUUAUGGAGUUCAGCAGCAACCCCUACUUCCCCAAGGUGCACGGGGUAGGGUGAUUCGCGACUUGCCGGAGUUGUACGGUUCACUGUGCCAAGGUAUCUUGGGUUUCGCUGCCGCUGCGGGGAUUCGUCGUGGGCUAGCCAUGUUUAGCCUAGUCUUUCUUGUGUACGGUACCUUGGGAGCCGACGCCGUCGUUCAGGCUGCCACGUCCACCCUGUCACUUGCUACUGCCGGUGCCCCGGCCAAUCCAGGGCCUCAUACUUUACGGAUCUGGACGGUUGGGGUUAAGAAGCCUGUUGAUCUUCCUUGGAAGCCUGAAGGCUACAAUACUCGCUGGCUGCACGACUUUAUUUGUAGCAUUCAUGGGGUGCAGGGAGCUGGCCAAUUCUUAUCCACCACCGGCGCGGCAGGUGAUUCUGUCAUGCACCUGCUCUUUGUUCCGAGACUUCAUGGAUCACCGGCCGGCCAACCACGGUUUUGGCUCUUUCACGUCGAAGACCGGGCCAGUGUAGUGUAUGGGCAUUGCCCGUUCGAUUGGGCUAUCGCGGCUACGCAUCUCCACGAGAUCUAUCAGGGUCUCCAUGUCCCUCAGUCCCGUCCGACACUUGUCAUCGGCUCCCAACUUGUGGCUCCCAGCUGUCACCUUUCUGACGUCCCUUCGGGUUCUAUAGUCCAGAUCCCCAUAGGUGCUCUCCCCAUGGAGUCCAGUGAUGAUGCCUGGGAGCCUACGCCGUGGGUUGUCCCUGGACCCUUUUUCCAGUAUGUGCCAGCAAGGGGGCCUGCUGGCGAGGCAGCCAUCUCCCCAGCUCAGCAAACCUUGCCUGAGGUUGCGCCAGCGGCACCCUCGCGCUGUGAAGUAGCGUGUCAAACCGAGACGCUUCUGUCGGUGGACACACCCCUGCUGUCCGCGCAAGUUGUUGGCGAUCUGGCUCUGCAGCUCCAGGGUAUGGCUGAGCGCCUACUCUCCUUGCCCUUCGCCUCGGUUGAGGAUCAUAUGCAUUCCUCUCAACCUUCGAUGCCAUCCCAGCCUUCGGCUCCGGUCUUCUGUGGGCCGCCCACGGAGUCUUUCUCUGAGCAGGAAGUCCCCGAGGUUGAGCCCUGCGAGCAGGAGGAUGUGACUGCGUCUGCACUGGCCCCUUCUGAGGUUUCGUCCGUGUCGCCGCGGCGGCUUUGUCGUCGCCGUGCCGUUCUACCCUGCAUUUUGGGUAUGUCUAUCUUACCGAAGAGAGCAGCGCCCAGAGUCUUCAUUGGCCUCCUAGCUUAUGUUACUCUAUUUCAAGGAGUGUCGGGUUCCUAUUUUACCCCCGAUGUUAGUGGCUCCGAAGAUGAUGACAUCCACUCUGCAGAUGUUCCUGAAGGCCACCGCCCAGGUGACGGCCCUCAUAUGCGGCCGGCUGGCCCGCCGCCUCCCACGCCGGCCGGCGCUGCGGACGACCCGGAUCCUGCGGACGCUCGGCUUGUGUACAACGAGACAAUGCCCCCGGACUUGAACUUCCUUCCGGGCUCCAUGAGGAAUGUGCAUGUUACCCGACGCUUCCCAGACCCGGUGGUCAUACGGUGGGUCCAAAAUAGGCUCAUUAGACAUCAGCACGGUCUCCUCCCUGCCACAGCCUUCCUUAACGGCCCGAUUCCUCAGGGCACGCCCUUCCGCUUCCAUAACCCCUUCACAGCUCGGGCACAAUGUCAUGAGGUUGGCUACCAGGAGCCGGAGCACAUUCCACCCUUGGGUGUGUUGCAGGCGCACGCCGAUAACCGCGGAUGGCGUGGAGUGGUUCUACUAAACCCUCAGCCGGACUCUGCUGCCGUUCACUUGAUCGCCCUUCCUCAACAUGGCCACCUGGUGUCCAUCGCGCUGCUUGUCAACAAUAGGGUUGUCCCGUGUUGUGUUCCUAGGCGCGCUCGAUGGCGGGAUUUGCGAGGUAUCACUUUCGAGGGUGUGCACGGUCGCCUUGAUCUCCCACAACACCUUGACGUCGUGCAUGACACUGUCACUUUCCGCUCAGGAGAUUGCUUUCGGGUGGAUACUGAACAGGAGCACACUGCCGCCUCCGAAUACGCUAGACUUGAAGACGUAGACCAUGAAGCAGCGGAGGGUGCUCUGCAUCAUCCUCCAGCGGAGGCCUCGUGCGGCUGUCGCCCCCGGCCAGCCUUGCUCGGUUUCCUAGGAGGAGUCGUUGUCGCUUUUCGGAAGCCUCUUUUCUGGUUGGGGGUUAUGGGCAUCGGGGUUUCAUGUGCCAUGCACCGACCUGGAGGCUUUCCCUGGCAAGCGCCUGCUCAUACACGUGCCUUUCGCCUACCCGAUUCAGAGGCGCAGGUCCAGGUGUUAUACUACAGCCCAUUUCUGGGUACCUUUCCCGCCUACUGGGCCACCUCUGGGACAGACCAGAGCACUGUCUGGGCGCAAUUUUUGAAUGACGAUGCGGCCUGGGCGACUGACUUCUUCCCAGUGUGGCCGGGACUUCACUUCAAUGCGUUUGCUUUUGUCCCUGUAGGGGGCGACCCCUCUACGGUUACAGUGAUUUUGCACUACCGAGGUUUUGGCCGGGCUGUUCUGAUUCCGCGAACUGUCACCGACUCCUGGCUUCAAACCUUUGUUUCUCAGCAGGUUAGUGCGGACAUCGAGGACAUUUUUCUCCCGCAUGCUCUGGAAGCAUGGCGUUUCUAUGACGUUCCCCCUCCAGAUUAUCGCCUGCGGCACGGUGAUGUUAUUUAUCUCCGCGAUAGGGAGCAGGGACGCGACCCCUUGGAAGCCGAGGAGCCAUGGGAUAUCCAAACUAGCGGUACAGGGCAACACGCCCCCUGGGCGGUCGGUUUCCGAUUAGACAGUGAUACGGUGGUAGACUUGCUGCAGCCGAGUCAGCGCCCUGUUUUGGUCUCGGUCCCGGCAGGCGAAACGUGGGCCCCGGUCCAGUGUACCUUCUCUGGUGCCUUCCACCUUCAGCAUCAGGGCAUGUGGACUCCUGUACAAUGGACAGCAUCCAGUGUCCCGCAGCUGAUGCUUAUCAGCGGAGUUGCCGCGGAAGCAAAUAUUGUAGUGGCAUCACCCGCGGGCCGGCGUGUGCGGGCUGUGCCCCGUUAUGUCAGCCGCGAUUCUCUUGCAGCCUGCACCGGCCUGUGCCACGCCUCCCUGGUUCUCGGUGGUGUGCCGGCUGCUUCCCUCGAUGCCGGGGUUGAGAUUCGUAAUGGUGAUGUUGUGUUUGGCGAACCGGUCACGGGGUCUUCCUCAUCGGUACGUCCGUUCCCUCUUUUGAUCUCCAUUGUCUUGGCGGCACAUGUCUCCACAUGCCAAUGGCUUCUUGGCAUUUCUCUCCUCGCCUCCGUUGGCGCUAUGCAGCAGCCGCUGGCCUUCUCCUUCAAUGCCUAUCGCGUCGGACGGUUCCCUUGGCGGGAGGAUGACCCCCAGGCGGAUCUUGCACCUUUGAGUUCGCAUGAUGCGGUGGAUACUGUGUAUCUCAGCCCCUUCUCAGGCCCCGGCCAGGUCGUUACACUUCCCACGACCUUCUCUGUAUCAGCUUGGUCCGAGGCUCUGGUCCAGCAGGACCCGUUUUGGGGUGCCAUUGCCUGCCCCGUGUGGCCCACAGUGUCUGCCGGAGCUAUGGUAGCGGUUCCCCGGCCCCCGACACUCAAUCUUGUUUGUGUACAUGUCACAUCACAUUUGGAACACUUCGCCCUGUGCAUACCGCGAGUCACUACGGUGGCUUGGCUGGUCGGUGCCCUUCGAACUGCACGCGUGCUCGACGUGCUGUCUCUUCGUAUACCCCCAGCCCUAGGCCAAAGUCCGGGCGAUAGUCAGGAUGAAAUCGCUUGGCGGACCGGUGACCUGGUCGUGGCUUGGCCUCCGGAUGCUUUUACAGGUCUUUUCCAGACCCCGGUUUUCACGCGAGCUGAACAGCUUAGGCACUGCGCUAUCUGGUCCCUUGAUUUCUGUCUGGCCGCGAAAUCCGAUGCUGUCAUAUGGCAACCUGACACUCGCCCGCUUCUAACUACCAUUCCCCGCGGCUCGCGCUGGAGUGCGCUUGAUGCCACCUUCGAGGGAGUCUUCUCAGAUCGGUACCCCGGGAGCUGGACCCCGGUUCCGUGGAUAGCCGAAGAUCGUCCUCAUUUGAUUCAAAUUGCAGCCUCGGACCGCUUUGUUCAUGUUGUUGUGGAAACUCCUGCGGCUUGCUUCUGUACCGCAGUGCACAUGUACACCGACAGGCGGCAACUGAGAGCGGAUCUUCCUACACUUGAUGGGAUGCCACGGGUCUUGUCCGUUCCUGACGAGGAGCUCCAAGCAGGUACCACUUUGCGUGAUGGGGAUGUGGUUGUUGAGGUUCCUAGCUGUGGAUCCCAUCGAUGCCUUAUCGGCUGGGGUCUUUUCGGUCUUGCGGUCGGGGGCCGAUCUCCCGGUUGGUUUUGGGUAGGAGGCGUCGGGCUUUUCUUCUGCCGCUGCAAUGUUGUCUUGCCAUGUGCUGCCAGCAACCAUGAUGCCCCCAGCCCCGAUUCCUCGGAGGCCCGUACCAUCCGUUCGAGGAUAGGCCGAGGUCGUCGUAGUCGCUCACGGAGCCAGCCCGGACCGCAACCCAGUUUUAGCUUCUUUCCUCUGGAUGCCCGUCGCGCUAUCGUGUCUCCACCCGUUCCCUUACACUUGUGGCAUCCAGCGCCUCCUGAGUCAGGCAAAUGCUUCGAGGACUUCGUUGGCAACCAAGGCGAGUUAACUGUCCGUACUUUGUGCCCGUUCGCGGGGACUAGUGGUUGUCAGCGGGUUUCAGUUGAGUCUAGCUGGGAUCAGGUUGUUACUGCCAGCCAUGCACACUGUGGUCGAUGGGCUGACUCCUUUAUCCCGGUGCGAGGCUUCGGGGCUGGUGGGAGCCUUACUGUUCUCCCAGUCAGUCCUUCACCCUUUGCUUCUGUCGUCAUUCUUCGUCGAGGCGUCUCGCACGCGGUCCUCGUUCCGAGAUUUGCUACCUUACACAGCUUCACUUCGCCGCCUGCCGUCGGGAGUCUGGGCGGGACGACGCCCACUGGACUGCUACCCCGGGGAUCUACAGCAGUGAUCGGAGACGGCCCCUCUUCCUUCGGAAUGGGGAUUGCAUUGGUCUUUCCCCGGACCCUGCCGGCCAGGAUUGGGAUGCAACGGAGUGGCCUCAGUACCGUGACCCACAGGCUGCCCUUGCCGGGGCAUCCUGGGCCCUACCCUUUACUUUCGAGUUAG